UUCAUACACCCCACCACCAUCCUCUCUCCUUAUAAUUAUCAACCCCCCUUCCUCUCCCUACUUCUUCCCCUCUUACCAAAUCAACAUCUCUAAUCUACUACAACAUGAUCGGACAGCUUAUGAACCUCAAGGCGACAGAGCUUUGUCUCAGCCUCCCCGGGGGCGCUGAAACCCUCGAUACUCCAGCCAAAUCGGCGGUGGGGAACAAGAGAGGCUUUUCCGAGACCGUUGAUCUCAUGCUCAAUCUUCAGUCCAACAAAGAAAGGGCCAUCGAUCUUAACAACGCCACAGCUUCUAAACAGAAGGCUCUUCUCAAAGACCCUGUUAAACCUCCUGCUAAAGCCCAAGUGGUGGGAUGGCCACCUGUGAGGAACUACAGGAAAAACAUAAUGACUAAUCAGAAAACAAGCGGUGCAGACGAGGCCAGCAGCGAGAAGGCCGGAAAUGGUGGUGGAGGAGCCACCGGAGCUACAUUGGUGAAAGUAUCCAUGGACGGAGCACCCUACCUAAGGAAAGUUCACCUGAAGAUGUACAAAAGCUAUCAGGAUCUCUCUGAUGCUUUGGCCAAAAUGUUCAGCUCCUUCACUAUGGGAAACUAUGGAGCACAAGGAAUGAUAGAUUUCAUGAACGAGACCAAGCUCAUGGAUCUGAACAGUUCUGAAUAUGUUCCAAGUUACGAGGACAAAGAUGGCGAUUGGAUGCCAGUCGGCGAUGUCCCAUGGGAAAUGUUUGUCGAGUCAUGCAAACGUUUGCGCAUUAUGAAGGGAUCUGAAGCAAUUGGACUUGUUUUGUUAUAGCUCCGAGAGCAAUGGAGAAGUAUUCCAAGAACAGAUCAUGAAUUUUAUAUCAAGAAAAAGAACCUUCAGUGUUCAAUCAUAUGACGGGUUCUUGAUUUAUAUGUACUUUAACGAUUUUAUGUGGCUAUAUCCUAUAUAUUUGUGUUUGUAAUUUAAAUAAUUGAUGGGUACAUAGGGCAAUAGUAUUAUCCUACCAGUAAGAUGUGGACAACUUUGUAAUGUGACCAAAAGAGAGGAAACUUAAAGCUCUGUGUUGUCUCA